AACUCUCUCACGAACUCACCUGCUCCUCUCCCCACGAUCUCCUCGCCGCCGCCACCACCCACGCCGGCCGCGCGCAACACUCCCCCAAGCUCCCACCUUCCUCCGCUCUGAUCCCCAUGGAAGCCACCGCCGCCGCCUCCAUCAUGCGGACCCUCGCCUCCUCGCCGCUCCCCCGCGGCUCUCGCUGUAGCCGCGUGCACGUGGCCGUGGCGCCGGAGUGGCGGAGGAGGAGUAGGGAGGUGCUCGCCGCGGCGGCCUCGACGGGCAACUACGUGGUGCCACCUUCCUCCAAGAUCGGCCGCCUCGUGCUGCGGCUGCUGGCAGUGGCGCAGCGAGUCUCCCACCUCACCACCACCGCUGCUUGCUGUUCGUCCCUCCUUCCGUCCAUGGCGGCGGUGACCUCCGGCGUCAGCAGGCUCAGCGCGGCGGCGGGCAACAACGACGGCGACGUCGGCCUCCAAGACCCCAUCCCGGCCUCUGUUGGAAUAUGUAGGUACCAUGCCAACCGGAUGCUCAGCUUCUACGCCCCCGGUGAGCCUCCCACAUUUGCUGAAUUCUAAAACUGCUCAAAUAUGGUUUGUGAUCCGAAUGGGCCGAUUGAUUUGAUGUUAACUUGUUUGCUUCACUCUGUUUAUUUAUGGCUACUACUUGUUCUGAGUCGGGCAUCUACACUUGGUGUGACUGAUGUGUACAUGAUCCCAAGUGUGCUGUAGUUUAGCAUGGAUUGGUGAUCUCGUAUUGGCGAGUUCAAGGGCACAUAGGCAGUGUGCUUGUAUAUCUAAUCUAAGCAGUUGAUUUCACCUGUAGUGCUUCUAGUUGAAAUGUGAUGAUCCACGUGCUAACUGUUUGCUCUUUAUGGUAUUCUUGGAUUUUGCCCUGUUUCCGGUUAAGAUAAUAUGUUAAAUGCAGAAUUAUCGAUCCUCCUUAGUGGAUGCCCAUGGUUUGAUCAUGUGUCGGUU